AUGUCCGAUGGAUGGGAUGAAAUUCAGGCGCUCAAGAGUAAGAGAAAUAGUCUAAGAGAGCGCCUUGAGAAACGCAAAAAAGAACGGCAGGAUAUUCUUGGAACAACCGGCCCCAGAACAUCUUCUGUCGGCAGUCCCGGUCAAUCUGGGAGUGAUGAUAAAAAGUCUCUGGUGCCUGUGAUUAAGAUUGAUGUUGAUGCUGAUCCGGAAGUUGAGAAGUCUCUCCUGCACAUUCUAAGCGAUAGCAGUCUAAUUCUUCCGGUUAAUUCACAGCAGUUGUCCCAGAAGAUCUCCAAAAUAACAUCUUCUACCUCAGUUACGGUAUCCUUGCACUAUUACCUGCAGAAGUUGGCAUCUCAGAAUGCAAUCAGUGUCAAAGAUGUGAGCAUUGAGACGGAAAUGGGAUAUGAGGUGAUCCAGGUUGAUCAUCAAACAGUCCUCAGACUCUACCAGGAUCUUGCUGGAGAGAGUGAAAUUGUGUGUAAGCUCACAGAGGAUGGGGGGAAGAGAAAAUGGAGUGAAGAUGAAGACACGAGAGCUGAGAAGAUCGUCAAAACACCAUCCGGAAGUGAGAAGAGAACAUCCAGCCGUGAUUCCACUGAUCUCAUGUCUCUCCUUUCGAUGCCAUCGACAAGGGAGAAGCAAAAUAAGCAAGUUGGUGAGGAAAUCUUGGAGCUUCUGUCGAAACCCACCGCAAAGGAACGUUCCCUUGCGGAGAAAUUCAAAUCCCACGGUGGGGCUCAGGUGAUGGAGUUCUGCCCUCAUGGCACACGUGCUGAAUGCGUCAGGGCGCAUGCAGCUGAAGAUGAGGAUUCCUCAUCACGCGAGGAAGGCUCUAGCAAGGAAUGCAAUAAACUGCACUUUAAGAAAAUCAUUCAGGCACAUACGGAUGAGAGUCUGGGCGAUUGCAGCUUCCUCAACACUUGCUUCCACAUGGAUUCCUGCAAGUAUGUUCACUACGAAGUUGAUGCUUUGGAUGCAGUGCGUCCGGAUGCGGAACCAGGGCGUCCAAUGGGCAUUGCAAAGCGCACCAUUGAUCCCGCCGCUACAAUGUACCCACCACAGUGGAUUCAGUGUGAUCUUCGGUACCUGGAUAUGACAGUUCUCGGGAAGUUCGCCGUCAUUAUGGCUGAUCCCCCGUGGGACAUCCACAUGGAGCUUCCCUAUGGCACCAUGUCAGACGAUGAAAUGAGGCAAUUGGGUGUGCCGGCACUGCAGGAUGAUGGGCUCAUCUUUCUCUGGGUUACCGGACGUGCCAUGGAGCUUGGCAGGGAAUGCCUCAAACUCUGGGGCUAUGAACGUGUCGAUGAGCUGAUUUGGGUGAAGACAAAUCAACUCCAGCGAAUCAUUCGGACAGGACGAACAGGUCACUGGCUGAAUCACGGCAAGGAGCACUGCUUGGUGGGCCUAAAGGGGAAUCCCACGAAUCUCAAUCGUGGUCUUGACUGUGAUGUCAUCGUUGCUGAGGUGAGAGCUACGAGUCACAAACCGGAUGAAAUUUAUGGGAUCAUUGAACGAUUGAGUCCGGGAACGAGGAAAAUUGAGCUCUUCGGACGUCCACACAAUGUUCAGCCAAAUUGGAUAACUCUGGGCAAUCAAUUGGAUGGAAUACGUCUCGUUGAUCCAGAGUUGGUGAGUCAAUUUGAGAAGCGCUACCCCGAUGGGAAUUGCAUGGCGCCCACUUCAAAGAACAUCCCUUGAUGGAAAGACUCUUUAAGGGAUUCUGCCCAGAGAUGAAAAUUAGAGAAAAAGAAAUGAAUUUUCAUGUAAACCGAAAGUGUUGAUAAAUUGAAUUUUUUAUUGACAAUAAAAUAAAUCUUAUUUAAUUCUUUGAAAA